AUGGACGUGGACGUGGACGUGGACAUGGACGUGGACGUGGACGUGGACGUGGACGUGGACGUGGUCGUGGACGUGGACGUGGACGUGGACGUGGAUGUGGACGUGGACGUGGUCGUGGUCGUGGACGUGGUCCUGGACGUGGACGUGGACGUGGACGUGGUCGUGGUCGUGGACGUGGACGUGGACGUGGACGUGGACGUGGACGUGAACGUGGACGUGGACGUGGACGUGGACGUGGACGUGGACGUGGACGUGGACAUGGUCGUGGACGUGGACGUGGACGUGGACGUGGACAUGGUCGUGGACGUGGACGUGGACAUGGACGUGGACGUGGACGUGGACAUGGACGUGGAAGUGGACGUGGACGUGGACAUGGACGUGGACGUGGACAUAGACGUGGAGGUGGACAUGGAGGUGGACGUGGACGUGGAGGUGGACGUGGACGUGGACGUGGACGUGGACGUGGACGUGGACGUGGACGUGGACGGGACACGUGGACGUGGACCUGGACGUGGACGUGGACGUGGACGUGGACGGGACGUGGACGUGGACGUGGACGUGGACGUGGACGUGGACGUGGACGUGGACAUGGACGUGGGCAUGGACGUGGAGGUGGACAUGGAGGUGGACGUGGACGUGGACGGGGACAUGGACUUGGACAUAGACGUUGACGUGGACGUGGACGUGGACGUGGACGUGGACGUGGACAUGGACGUGGACGUGGACGUGGACGUGGACAUGGACGUGGACGUGGACCUGGACGUGGACAUGGAUGUGGACAUGGACGUGGACAUGGACGUGGACAUGGACGUGGACAUGGACGUAGACGUGGACGUGGACGUAGACGUAGACGUAGACGUGGACGUGGACGUAGACGUGGACGUGGACGUAGACGUGGACGUGGACGUGGACGUGGACGUGGACCUGGACGUGGACGUGGACGUGGACAUGGACCUGGACGUGGACGUGGACGUGGACGUGGACCUGGACGUGGACGUGGACAUGGAGGUGGACAUGGACGUGGACGUGGACAUGGAGGUGGACAUGGACGUGGAGGUGGACAUGGAGGUGGACGUGGACGUGGAGGUGGACGUGGACGUGGACGUGGACGUAGACGUGGACGUGGACGUGGACGUGGACGUGGACGUGGACGUAGACGUGGACAUGGACGUAGACGUGGACGUGGACGUGGACGUGGACGUGGACGUGGACGUGGACAUGGACGUGGACGUGGACGGGAACGUGGAUUUGGACGUGGACAUGGACGUGGACAUGGAUGUGGACAUGGACGUGGACGUCGACGUGGACGUGGACGUGGACGUGGACGUGGACGUGCACGUGGACGUGUACGUGGACGUUGACGUGGACGUGGACCUGGUCGUGGUCGUGGACGUGGACGUGGACCUGGACGUGGACGUGGACAUGGACGUGGACGUGGACGUGGACGUGGACGUGGACGUGAACAUGGUCGUGGUCGUGGACGUGGACGUGGACGUGGACGUGGACAUGGACGUGGACGUGGACGUGGACGUGGACGUGGACGUGGAUGUGGACGUGGACGUGGACGUGGACGUAGACGUAGACGUGGAUGUGGACGUGGACGUGGACAUGGUAUUGGACGUGGACGUGGACGUGGACGUGGACGUUGACGUGGACGUGGACGUGGACGUGGACCUGGACGUGGACCUGGACGUGGACGUGGACGUGGACGUCGUGGUCGUGGACAUGGACGUGGACGUCGACGUGGACAUGGACGUGGAGGACUUGGACGUGGACAUGGACGUGGACGUGGAGGACUUGGACAGAGACGUGGACGUGGACGUGGACGUGGACGUGGACGUGGACGUGGACAUGGACGUGGACGUGGAGGACUUGGACGUGGACAUGGACGUGGACGUGGACAUGGACGUGGACAUGGACAUGGACGUGGACGUGGACAUGGACGUGGACGUGGACGUGGACGUGGACGUUGACGUGGACAUGGACGUGGACUUGGACGUGGACGUGGACGUGGACUUGGACGUGGACGUGGACGUGGACGUGGACGUAGACGUGGACGUGGACGUGGACGUGGACGUGGACGUGGACGUAGACGUGGACGUAGACGUGGACAUGGACGUAGACGUGGACGUGGACGUGGACGUGGACGUGGACAUGGACGUGGACGUGGACGUGGACAUGGACGUGUACAUGGACUUGGACGUGGACAUGGACGUGGACGUGGACAUGGACGCGGACAUGGACGUGGACGACGACGUGGACGUGGUCGUCCACGACGUGGACUUGGACGUGGACGUGGUCUUGGACGUGGACGUGGACAUGGACGUGGUCGUGGUCCUGGACGUGGACGUGGUCGUGGACGUGGACGUGGACAUGGACGUGGAGGAUGUGGACGUGGACGUGGACGUGGUCGUGGACGUGGACGUUGACGUGGACGCGGACGUGGACGUGGACAUGGACGUGGACGUGGACGUGGUCGUGGACGUGGACGUGGACGUGGACGUGGACAUGGACGUGGACGUGGACGUGGACGUGGACGUGGACAUGGACGUGGACAUGGUCGUGGACGUGGACAUGGACGUGGACGUGGACGUGGAUUUGGACGUGGACAUGGACGUGGACAUGGACGUGGACAUGGACGUGGACGUCGACGUGGACGUGGACGUGGACGUGGACGUGGACGUGGACGUGCACGUGGACGUGGACGUGGACGUUGACGUGGACGUGGACCUGGUCGUGGUCGUGGACGUGGACGUGGACCUGGACGUGGACGUGGACAUGGACGUGGACGUGGACGUGGACGUGGACGUGGACGUGAACAUGGUCGUGGUCGUGGACGUGGACGUGGACGUGGACGUGGAGGACAUGGACGUGGACGUGGACGUGGACGUGGACGUGGACGUGGACGUGGACGUGGACGUGGACGUGGACGUAGACGUAGACGUGGAUGUGGACGUGGACGUGGACAUGGUAUUGGACGUGGACGUGGACGUGGACGUGGACGUGGACGUUGACGUGGACGUGGACGUGGACGUGGACCUGGACGUGGACCUGGACGUGGACGUGGACGUGGACGUCGUGGUCGUGGACAUGGACGUGGACCUCGACGUGGACAUGGACGUGGAGGACUUGGACGUGGACAUGGACGUGGACGUGGAGGACUUGGACAGAGACGUGGACGUGGACGUGGACGUGGACGUGGACGUGGACGUGGACAUGGACGUGGACGUGGAGGACUUGGACGUGGACAUGGACGUGGACGUGGACAUGGACGUGGACAUGGACAUGGACGUGGACGUGGACAUGGACGUGGACGUGGAAGUGGACGUGGACGUUGACGUGGACAUGGACGUGGACUUGGACGUGGACGUGGACGUGGACUUGGACGUGGACGUGGAUGUGGACGUGGACGUGGACAUGGACGUGGACGUGGACGUGGAUGUGGAUGUGGACAUGGACGUGGACGUGGACGUGGACAUGGACGUGGACGUGCACGUGGACGACUUGGACGUGGACAUGGACGUGGACGUGGACGUGGACAUGGACGUGGACAUGGACCUGGACGUGGACGUGGACGUGGACCUGGACGUGGAUGUGGACGUGGACCUGAACGUGGACGUGGAUGUGGACGUGGACGUGGACGUGGACGUGGACGUAGACGUGGACGUGGACGUGGACAUGGACACGGACGUGGACGUGGACAUGGACACGGACGUGGACGUGGACGUGGACGUGGACAUGGACGUGGACGUGGACGUGGAGGACAUGGACGUGGACAUGGACGUGGACGGGGACGUGGACGUGGACGUGGACGUGGACAUGGAUGUGGACGUGGACGUGGACAUGGACGCGGAUAUCGACGUGGACGUGGACAUGGACGUGGACAUGGACGUGGACGUGGACAUGGACGUGGACGUGGACGUGGACGUAGACAUGGACGUGGACGUCGACGUGGACGUGGACGUGGACAUGGACGUGGACGUGGACGUGGACGUUGACGUGGACGUGGACGUGAACAUGGACGUGGACAUGGACGUGGACGUGGACAUGGACGUGGACGUGGACGUGGACAAGGACGUGGACGUGGACGUGGACAUGGACGUGGACAUGGACGUAGACGUGGACGUGGACAUGGACGUGGACGUGGACGUGGAGGACACGGACGUGGACAUGGACGUGGACGUGGACGUGGACAUGGACAUGGACGCGGACGUGGACAUGGACGUGGACGUGGACGUGGACAUGGACGUGGAGGAUGUGGACGUGGACGUGGACGGGGUCGUGGACGUGGACGUUGACGUGGACGCGGACGUGGACGUGGACAUGGACGUGGACGUGGUCGUGGACGUGGACGUGGACGUGGACGUGGACGUGGACAUGGACGUGGACGUGGACGUGGACGUGGACGUGGACAUGGACGUGGACAUGGUCGUGGACGUGGACAUGGACGUGGACGUGGACGUGGAUUUGGACGUGGACAUGGACGUGGACAUGGAUGUGGACAUGGACGUGGACGUCGACGUGGACGUGGACGUGGACGUGGACGUGGACGUGCACGUGGACGUGGACGUGGACGUUGACGUGGACGUGGACCUGGUCGUGGUCGUGGACGUGGACGUGGACCUGGACGUGGACGUGGACAUGCACGUGGACGUGAACGUGGACGUGGACGUGGACGUGAACAUGGUCGUGGUCGUGGACGUGGACGUGGACGUGGACGUGGACAUGGACGUGGACGUGGACGUGGACGUGGACGUGGACGUGGAUGUGGACGUGGACGUGGACGUGGACGUAGACGUAGACGUGGAUGUGGACGUGGACGUGGACAUGGUAUUGGACGUGGACGUGGACGUGGACGUGGACGUGGACGUUGACGUGGACGUGGACGUGGACGUGGACCUGGACGUGGACCUGGACGUGGACGUGGACGUGGACGUCGUGGUCGUGGACAUGGACGUGGACGUCGACGUGGACAUGGACGUGGAGGACUUGGACGUGGACAUGGACGUGGACGUGGAGGACUUGGACAGAGACGUGGACGUGGACGUGGACGUGGACGUGGACAUGGACAUGGACGUGGAGGACUUGGACGUGGACAUGGACGUGGACGUGGACAUGGACGUGGACAUGGACAUGGACGUGGACGUGGACAUGGACGUGGACGUGGACGUGGACGUGGACGUUGACGUGGACAUGGACGUGGACUUGGACGUGGACGUGGACGUGGACUUGGACGUGGACGUGGAUGUGGACGUGGACGUGGACAUGGACGUGCACGUGGACGUGGAUGUGGAUGUGGACAUGGACGUGGACGUGGACGUGGACAUGGACGUGGACGUGCACGUGGACGUGGACGUGCACGUGGACGACUUGGACGUGGACAUGGACGUGGACGUGGACGUGGACAUGGACGUGGACAUGGACCUGGACGUGGACGUGGACGUGGACCUGGACGUGGAUGUGGACGUGGACCUGAACGUGGACGUGGAUGUGGACGUGGACGUGGACGUGGACGUGGACGUAGACGUGGACGUGGACGUGGACGUGGACAUGGACGUGGACGUGCACGUGGACGUGGACACGGACGUGGACGUGGACGUGGACGUGGACAUGGACGUGGACGUGGACGUGGAGGACAUGGACGUGGACAUGGACGUGGACGGGGACGUGGACGUGGACGUGGACGUGGACAUGGAUGUGGACGUGGACGUGGACAUGGACGCGGAUAUCGACGUGGACGUGGACAUGGACGUGGACAUGGACGUGGACGUGGACAUGGACGUGGACAUGGACGUGGACGUAGACAUGGACGUGGACGUCGACGUGGACGUGGACGUGGACAUGGACGUGGACGUGGACGUGGACGUUGACGUGGACGUGGACGUGAACAUGGACGUGGACAUGGACGUGGACGUGGACAUGGACCUGGACGUGGACGUGGACAAGGACGUGGACGUGGACGUGGACAUGGACGUGGACAUGGACGUAGACGUGGACGUGGACAUGGACGUGGACGUGGACGUGGAGGACAUGGACGUGGACAUGGACGUGGACGUGGACGUGGACAUGGAUGUGAACGUGGACGUGGACGUGGACAUGGACGCGGACAUCGACGUGGACGUAGACAUGGACGUGGACAUGGACGUGGACGUGGACAUGGACGUGGACGUGGACGUGGACAUGGACGUGGACGUGGACGUGGAGGACUUGGAUGUGGACAUGGACGUCGACGUGGACGUGGACGUGGACGUGGACGUGGACAUGGACGUGGACGUGGACGUGGAUGUGGACAUGGACGUGGACCUGGACGUGGACAUGGACGUGGACGUGGACAUGGACGUGGACAUGGACAUGGACGUGGACGUGGACGUGGACAUGGACGUGGACGUGGACGUGGACAUGGACGUGGACGUGGACGUGGAGGACAUGGACGUGGACAUGGACGUGGACAUUGACGUGGACAUGGACAUGGACAUGGACGUGGACGUGGACGUGGACAUGGACGUGGACGUGGACGUGGACGUGGACAUGGACACGGACGUGGACGUGGACAUGGACCUGGACAUGGACGUGGACGUGGACGUGGACCUGGACAUGGACGUGGACGUGGACGUGGAGGACAUGGACGUGGACAUGGACGUGGACGUGGACGUGGACGUGGACAUGGAUGUGGACGUGGACGUGGACAUGGACGCGGACAUCGACGUGGACGUGGACAUGGACGUGGACAUGGACGUGGACGUGGACAUGGACGUGGACGUGGACGUAGACAUGGACGUGGACGUGGACGUGGACCUGGACGUGGACGUGGACGUGGACGUGGACAUGGACGUGGACGUGGACGUGGACGUGGACGUGGACAUGGACGUGGACGUGGACGUGGAGGACAUGGACGUUGACAUGGACGUGGACGUGGACGUGGACAUGGACGUGGACGUGGACGUGGACAUGGACGUUGACGUGGACGUGGACGUGGACGUGGACAUGGACGUGGACGUGGACGUGGACGUGGACAUGGACGUUGACGUGGACGUGGACGUGGACGUGGACAUGGACGUGGACGUGGACGUGGAGGACAUGGACGUGGACAUGGACGUUGACGUGGACGUGGACGUGGACGUGGACAUGGAUGUGGACGUGGACGUGGACAUGGAUGCGGACAUCGACGUGGACGUGGACAUGGACGUGGACAUGGACGUGGACGUGGACAUGGACGUGGACGUGGACGUAGACAUGGACGUGGACGUGGACGUGGAGGACUUGGAUGUGGACAUGGACGUGGACGUGGACGUGGACGUGGACAUGGACGCGGACAUGGACGUGGACGUGGACAUGGACGUGGAUGUGGAGGUGGACGUGGACAUGGACGUGGCAUGGACGUGGAUAUGA